UGUACGCUGCAGAGACUGAGAGGGAGCUAGAGAGGGAGUGAGAGAGAGGUGUAGUCUGAAGGAUUACAUCACGACAGUUGUAGAUAUAUCGUCAAAGCCAGAUGUGGCUCAGUUUGGCGUCCGGUACCGGCCAGUCCAACGCCUAACUCUAGACAACAUGCGGACACCCAGAAACCAACAGGACCCAACGCUGAGACUAGUGAGGAACAAGGAACUGACGCGUUUUACGCACGGGAAAGCCCAGGGGAAAUACCGCCAGGUCGGCUCGUGCUUUUGACACAGCUGGGAUUGAUAAGACGUAUUUAACUGAAAGUGCUUUAAAAUUGCGUUUUGGGGUGUUUUUUGGAAAAUGUAUUAUAGUCUAUCUAUAUAGAAGCGUGUCAUGGACUCUAAAGGUACGCAGCGAAACUAUCACCUGGCUCCGCGAACUUACUUUUCCCCUGUCAAAACGCUGUCGCCGGUUGCUAUGGUUAAAAGGUUCCAGUCAACUUUUUGAAAGCAAGUUUUUCGUGGAGUUUGAGGAAGAGAUCACCGGGUGGAGUGCGUGAGAGAAAACGUGCGCUGGACCACUGUGCGUGUUGGGAGUCCUCCACACGCACUCUCUCACUCACACCGACCCCUGGGGGAAACGGAUGAUCGUUUCAAACCUCUUAAGGAUUACAAGUUGUAUAUUCUACUGUCUUGGAACUAUUGUAACCCGACGGAGAUAUGGAUAACUCGUAUUAUUUCCUGGCGAUGUCCAUGCUAGUUCUUUCUCUCGGGUUUAGAAUAGAGGAGGGCAUGUGUCAACACUACUACCUCCUUCGUCCCAUCCCCAGCGACACUCUCCCCAUAGUGGAUCUUAAAGAGGAUCCAGACACCGUUCUGGACCCGAAAGAAAGGGACCUGAACGAGACUGAACUGAAAGCUACCAUGGGAAGUCACUUCGAUCCUCACUUCAUGUCAAUCACCCCGCCCGAGGACAAGUACUCGGGCAAUGAGGACUUGAGCGACUCGGAGACGCGUCAAAAGCCGUCCGGCGUAAUGCCCAAGGAGAUCAAAGCCAUGGAGUUCGACAUCCCGCCCAAGAUUCACAAGCCCAGUACCAGACUCAGAAGAAAGCUACAACUGUGGCUGUGGUCUUACACCUUCUGUCCAGUUGUUUAUACAUGGAACGACCUCGGGAACAGAUUCUGGCCGCGUUACGUUAAGGUGGGGAGCUGCUACAAUAAGCGUUCUUGUUCGAUGCCUGUAGGGAUGGUUUGCAAACCUGCCAAAUCUGCCUAUAUUACGAUCUUACGAUGGAGGUGCCUGCAGAGAAAGGGAGGUCUGAAAUGCGCUUGGAUAACAGUUCAGUACCCCAUUAUAUCUGAGUGCAAAUGUGCCUGCUCGAACUGAAAUAAACUGAAAUGAACGUUUUGUUAUUAUUGUUUCUAAAGAAGAUUAAUUAAAAAAAAUCAUGGUUAUGAUUAUUUUUAU